AUGGACGAGACUUAUAGUCAAAUAGCCAUGGCUACAUCCAUGAAGGAUAACUUGCUAAGCAAAGAGUUUCCUGUAGACUGGUCUGCCGCCCAGGAUGAAGCAUCGUUGAAAAAGUUGUUACAACAAUCGCAUGAGGAGGCAUCAACGAACCCACCCACUUCCAUUGGAGAGUUUGCUAACGGGAUGGACGAAAGAUUCGAAGCAAUUCUAAAGGAAGAGGCGGGAAAGAUCGGAAUAUUGAAGGAUAAGGAUGAUACUUUCAAAGUGACAUAUAUGAAACUGAUCAUGGAAAAAGGUCUUUUGGAAAUGCAAUUACUAGACGCUAACGAAUCCGAUCAAGACUCCAGGCUCUUGAAUCUGGAUCAAAUUGGAGCCCUAAAAAGUAUGCAAACCCAAGCAAAAGAUGAAUUCAAGAAAGAGGAAUUACAAAAGAAGCUGAACAAUACGUACAUUCAUGCGUUAAACCUUUUAAUUACACAGAAUGGACUGAUAGCUCUAGAUAAUGGCUCCAAACUUAAUCAAGUCGAUCUUUUUUCAAACGAAGAAGAUCACCAAAUACUUGGGGUUAAAAUUGAGAAUUUAAUUUUUGAGAUCUGCUCUAUUGCAGCUCAGAAAAACCUCGUGUUACCCCAACCAGUUGAUUCCAUAACUAGUCUUGAAGGCAAGUUAACGUGGAUCUCAUCAUGUCUCAGAGAAAUUACUUUCAAUGAGACUUUAACACGAUCCAAAAGUCUUCUUGGAAGUAAAAGCAAGGAAUCCACUAAAAACUCAGUUAGUGAUCUUGACCUACAGACUGCACUGAAAGAUCUCCAAUUCUCUUAUGAGUAUCUGUCACGUCAAUUUGAGAAUGAAAAAUUGCAACAUAGCGAUAUUCUUUCACAAAUGCGCUACAAGUUGAACCAUUCAGAGGAGCUAUUGAGCAAAUUAACCAAGGACUUUAACAAUCAAACAAAUACGUUGGUCCAACAAGAAAAUCAGAUCAAUCAACUGUCUAAAGAUCUUGCCCAGAGGGAAAAGGAGAUCAAUGACCUAAACAAAGAACUAAGCAUUUCAAAAAUAGACAGUCUUGGAAUAGGGGAGAACACUAAGAGUGGUUCAAAGUCUCCGCUAGGUCCCAAUUCUCCUAAAAAGAACAACGUAAGUGCCACUAUUUUGCGAUCGGAGUUCAAAAAGUUGGUGCGCAAGAUCAAUGAGAGGCAUGAACAACAAUUGAACGAGGAAAGAAAUGAACGACAAAGACUGGAGACUCUGGUCAAGAUUUAUGAGGAGAACAUGAAAAAAUGA